ACUAGCGAUUGGCGAUUAGUAAACGCGGUGGCAUCGUGAAAAUAAGCAGAAACAACGGCGACAGCGACGAGGACGGUCAAGAGUCUGUGCGCGCUCUUUUGGGGCUCCGACUUCCCGCCGUCCCGCCCGAUGUUAUGUCGUUUGCCGUCGCGAACCUGGUGAAUGUUGCAUUCCGGUCGCGACGACAGGCCGCCGCAAUUAACGUCUCGCAGAACGGGAACGAGGGCGCCUGGCCGUGCGCGUAUUUACGUACACGAGCAAAUGGCAAUCAUGAUCGUUGAACAGUGUCGAUGAUAUUAGAUUGAAUUGUCCUUGGAUAUGUCGUUUACUGGUGAGCUAGAUGUCUGUGGAGAAGUGGCACCCCAAGAGAUAGUCGCAAAGCCUGUCUUUAUGGAGGUUGAACGACAACAAUGCAUGUCUCUGCUAAAACAAGAUGGUAUUGGGGAAAGUCCGGUUGUCCAUGAAGAGAUAAUUGUGAAUACCAAUGGAUAUUCACAGGACAGAGUCGACAGCCAGAUAAAAUCAACGAUGUAUUUUGAAGAGAAUCUAGAAAACUGUGAUGUGUCCAAACUCGAAGAGACUAUAAAUACCGUUUCAUUGACCGACAAUUCAUCAGUCAUCGAGACUUGGGAUUAUGAAGACGUUGAGACAUCUGCUUUGAAAGAAAAUGAGUCUGAAGAACAAGAGGACGACGAAGAGACAAUCGCCACUUUCGUUACCGCGGCGGGACAACAGUUGGCUCUCUAUGCCGUGGAACACUCGGACGAGAUAUUCGCCGUGGCGGUCUACAACAAUGAGUCCGACGAACCUCCGAGUAACUUUCAGUUUCUUAUGAAAGCAGAUGUGGAACGUCUAAUAGGCGAGGGUGCUGUGCGAACGGUGAAAAAGCCGUCGCAGAUGAAGAAACGAGUGUUUACUGCCCAACCACCGACGUUUUAUUGCAAAGAGGAAUCCGAGGAAAUAAACGACAAAAUUUUCGACUGCGAUAUAUCGGUCGAUAAUAAGAAGAAUGUUACACAAGAAGAGAACAGUAUAGAACGCAAUUAUGAAACUUAUCAAAACUAUAGUGAUUUUAAAAAUAAUUUGAACUCUAGUGAUAGUGUUGACACAGGUGUCGAACAAUCGGAUAUUACAUAUCUCAUGAUGGAUGACAAUUUUGCCAAUAUUGAUGAGCCACCGGAUGAAUGUCGAGACAAUCUCGAAUUCCAAGACGAGUUGAUGGAACAUUCAACAGUGCAAUACAUUCUCUUAGAGGCCGACCGUCAGUCGGACUCGGAAUUGACGUUCGACGAGAUCCUGACGACGUUGCAGAAUACGAAGGUUUCUCACAAAAAAUCUUUGGAAACGGAUUAUAAGAAAUUCGAUGAGUCGCAUGAUUCAAGUAUCCAGCAAAAUUUGCCUGAAUCUUUAACUAUGAUCGAGACAUCGUUGAAUGAAGACGCAGGUGAACAUGAGUCUCGUGUGUCAUCGCCGAUUAACCGAACUUCCGUUUUGGAGAGCGAUCGGCAGAAAUUAAUCGACGCGUUGACCGAUUCGCCGACAACGAUGAUCACUCCGCAGACGCCAUUGAGGGUCAAGCGGUCGCGAAAGCAGCAAUUGGUCUCGGUAGAUCGCGACGACGGAGAAAUCAUCAUUCAGCCUGCAUCGAUGAUGAAUGAGGAAAUAACUGGCAGAAAACGCACAGUUCGUCGACGCCAGUUAGCAUCGCAAAUACGCGUCGCUAUGGCCAACUCGAAGCGGACAAAGCGAGAUAAGAAGUCGAAGCGGCGAAAGGUCGUGGAAGUAAUCGAUUUGGAUGUCGACGAGGAAGAGCAACAAACGACACGCAACAUAGUGGAGAUCACGCUGGAUGAUAACAAAGACAAGUAUUCCAGCGACAAAGAGAACGAAAUCAUCAUGGUAAGGGACUCUGACUCCGAUGACAGCGACGAGGAAGAAGAGGAAGAUGACAAGGACGAACGGCAUCAUUCUCAUUUGACAAAACUCAACGGCGCAAGUACUGCUGCGAAAAAGAAAACUCAACGCUGCGAGUUUUGUUCUAGGAAUUUCCGACGGCCGCGUGUCUUCAAGAUGCAUUUUCGAUUUUGUAAAAAAAAAUAUCAGGAGAGGGUUCUCGAUCUCAAAACAAAAUCAGAGAAUGUAAAAAAAGAAUAUACUUGCAAGAUCUGUCAAGAGAAGUUCGACAUGGUUGUUGCCUUGGCGCGUCACACUCGCUUCGUGCAUUCGCAGAAAAAGAAGAACAAGCUGAGCCUCUCCCCAGUAAAAGCUCAAAGCAAAUCCCUAAGAUCAAUUCAAAAGGAAAUGGUUUCGACGGAAGAGGAGGAUUCAAUAGAUGAAGAUAGUACGACAAAGAGAGAACUCAGUAUGCUCGCCAGAGUAAAGAGAAAACGGAAACAAAUUAAUUAUUCGUUAAAUACGAAAAAGCUUAAUUGCGCGGACUGCGGCCGAUGGUUCCCAAGUUCCGCUCUGUUGGAUGCGCAUUGCUUGCAGCAUGGCACUAAAAGAUCAGAGCAACUACGCAAGUGCCGUAUCUGCAAGAAGCUCAUCAAGUCCAGGUUGCUAUUUCUACGACACUUACGAAUGCACAACGAUACACAACACAACUCUAGCAGCUCUUCCUCGUCCAGAAUGCUGCGGCAGAAGCUGCGCGCCCGGCCGAGCACGCGUAAAAUCACAUCGCCUCGAAAACGGGGUCGACCGAGGAAGUUUUGAUCUUUCUCGCUCGCGAGCAACGUGUACAAUACUAUAUUCAUAUCGCCGCCAACGCUCGAAUUUCGUUAAUCCAUUUUUUUUUUUUUUUUUUUUCAGAAAUAAUAAUUCAAAAUGACAUCACUUUUACGAUUAGCUUGUAUGUAAAUAGCACGUAAUGUUCACACUGUUCAUAUAUCUCUCUCGUCCAUUUAUGUUCGAAAAUCAUUUAGGAAAUCGGGAAACUUGAAAUUCAAGAUUGAGUUUUUUUUAUAAGUGAUAUUAGGUCAGGAAUUUCUCGCAGUUGUAUUUUACAAUGAGUAAACUUCAAUAAGUAAACUUGCAAUGAGUAAAUUCAACUUCUAUGUUAAAAACUUCAAGAUUUCAAAAUUAUUUUUUUUAAAAGCAAGGGUUAAUAAGGCCGUUUUUUGAACCGAUUUCCAUUAAACGAUUCUUUAUUGUUUUUUUUUCUCUCCGAGUUUGUCAACUUUUUUCUUGCUAAUUUCGAUAAAACUUUGCAUGGAGAAAAAGCAAGCAAUAGGAAGCAAAGAGCAUGGUAGAUUUGCUUGUAAUGAAUUGCUAUGAACUACUGAUUGAAAAAAUGUUUAUAAUCGAUUGUUAUAAAAAAAUCGAGUCUUUUGUUUUAUUUUUAAUACAAAAUACAAAAGAAUCUUUAAAAAAAUAAAAAAGAAUUGAUAAUCGAAAAAAUUAUGUAAUGGAAAUCGGAAAACGAUCUUAAAAAUAACCUUAAUUCUUUAAUGACGAUCAUCAGUGAGAAAAAAUCGAGAUUUUUAUUUUAAUAGUUCUAUUAGAAAACAAAAAAAAACCAUGUUACACUGAUGUAUGUCAAAGGAUGUACAUCAAGUGAAGAUUUCUUUUUAACAAUAUUCUGAUAAAGUAGAAAUGCUUGAAUCGCGAUUUUCUAAAAAGUUUCUAGCCAUGAUCCGUUGCUCCGAGAGACUUAUAGACACUCCAGGAUCUUAUUGAUCUCCGAUUAACACGCAUCACAUGCAACUAAGUGCCAACGGAUCUUUGUAAAUAAAGCGACACGACGGUAGAUUCGUUAGAAGUUCAACGAUACAGUUUGUGUAUAUAUACAUACCUGAUAGGAGAAAUACGCGUUGGUAAAUAACAAUGUAAGGUCGUGUAUAAACGUUGCGAUAUAUAUAUAUAUAAAUAUAUAUAUAAAUAUAUAUUGUAUUUGCCCUUACUUUGUUUAAUGCAAUAAAAUGAUAAAACAAGGCUGUGGA